AUGGGGCGGAGGUCCGAUCUUCGCAGUGUUGCCGUCGUUGCGAUUCAGCGAUGGCAAGGUCGUCGCCUCGAGAUUUCGCAGGCAAUGAGACUCCUCGGUGCUCUUCAUAUAAUGAAAAAAGAGCAAGAUGGAAGUGAUGCAGUCCAACCUCUACAUGGAGCUUUAGCUGGCAAUGCCGGCAGCGGUGGUGAGGACGUUAUGGCAUUACAAGGAGUUGAAAUGCUUAUGGAUAUAGCUACAGAAUACGCAAGGCGGCUACAUCGUGACAACUACGAAAAACGGAGAUUGGGCAGUAAAGCAGCAAAUAUAGAGCAGCGAGUAGAACUACCACUUAGCUUCCAGCGGCAGAUAUUAUUACCUGAUGCCGUGGUGGCUGGUAUUGUGGACCAAGUCGUCAGCUCCUUCUCCGGUUCCGGCGAUAACAAAAGUUCUUUAGGGGGGCCAUCGUCUGUGGCUACCCGUAUGAUGAAUUGCUGGGGCACAGCAGGCAAUAUAUUGCUUGCGCAACUGGUUGGAAAGCGCGUCGUGAGUGCUGACUCUCACAGACGCCUACUGCACUUUCUCAAGUGUGCAAUCAAACUCACCAAAGUAACCGUAAAGUGUUCCGUUUCUCCGAGGGCCACCGCGGUUUCGCCCAUGGUUCAAGACGAUGAAUUGGAGGUGCAUGACGUGCCACCACUUCCCAAGCCGCCUGUAGUGCCUGAAAGACGACCCCUAAAAGCAGCAUCAGGUGAAGUUACGGAUGCCGGUGAUGGUGAUGGAGAAGGUGAAGCGCUUGCCGAAAAGGUAGAGAACAUAGAUGUGAACGCUGCCGCUGAUGUUAGCGAUAGGAAUGGUGACAGCGCCGCUGACAGUAGCGAUAGUAGCACUAGUGGCAGCAGCGAUAGUGAGGGAGGCGGGAGCAGUGACGAUGACUACAGCGACGAUAAAUACUACAGGGACAGGAAAAAGCGUGAGGAAGCGCGCAUGGCUCGUAUCGCAACGAAGCUCAAUAUGGAUGAUGCUGCGGUGCGUGCAGCGAAGACGAGUAGGGAUGCUGUGGCUGCGGGAACAGCCGCUGCGUCAAAACAGCGUGAAAAAGAGGCAGCAGAAGAGCAUAAAUCGUACAUACAAAUGUUCGGUGACGUGGGGCAAGUAUUGUUUCCCGCACUCACGAACAUGAAGCGAAGUGUUGCAUCGAAGAAUGGGGCAAAUAACGCCACUUCCGUGGACGGUUUUACAACGAACCCUGGGGAGCCCCUGUGUUGCGUCGUGUGUGAAUUGUACGGCGAAGUGGAGGAAUUGUUGGUGUGCAGGUGUGGGAAUAAAAUGCAUCGUGAUUGUGGGAGUUCCACCGUCGACGGGACCCUAUAUUGCUCGAAGUACUGCCACGCCGUGGCGUCGGCAGAAACAAUCACCCCCGCUUAG